UUUUAAAAACGGACCAGACCUUUUACCCAGAAUCCUCCGCGUGCGUUCCGUCCUUCUGACUUCCGCCUCACGCUCAGCCGAAAUGGCCCCGACAAAGAAAGGAGAGAAGAAAAAGGGGCGUUCAGCCAUAAAUGAGGUCGUGACCCGAGAGUACACCAUCAACGUGCACAAGCGCAUCCACCGAGUGGGUUUCAAGAGACGCGCUCCUCGUGCAAUUAAAGAGAUCCGAAAAUUUGCCAUGAAGGAAAUGGGAACUCCAGAUGUGAGGAUUGAUACACGCCUCAACAAGGCUGUGUGGAGCAAAGGCAUCAGGAACGUUCCGUACAGGAUUCGAGUGCGUUUGUCCCGGAAAAGAAACGAAGACGAGGAUUCUCCAAACAAACUGUACACGUUGGUCACCUACGUCCCCGUCACCACAUGCAAAGGUCUGCAGACAGUCAACGUGGAUGAAAACUAACUCCUGAGAGAGGAUUCAAUAAAAUAAAAA